GAAAUCACAUUUCUUCAAACAUCUUUUGGGCAAAGAUUAAUCUAAUCUAAUCUUUGCUUUUGGGUUAAAUCUUUGUUUGUAAACGUGCUGUGUUUUUUUAGUCUUUGGGUGAUGUCUUGUGGCAUAUUACAAGGACGUUAUAGUAAUUGUUGUGGUUAUUAAGCACACGUGUUAUUGAACUGUUCAUCAAAGAUUAAUAUUAAUUUGCUGUUCUUGUCAAGAUGAGUCGUGGUUCAUAUUGUUUGGUAUUAACCUGCCCGAACAAUAAAAAUAAAAACCCAAAGCUCGCGUUUUUUACAUUACCGAAGGACAUGAAAAUUGCCAAAAGAUGGAUCGAAUUCUCUGGACGCAAAGAUCUUGACCUGGGUGCUUCGAAAGACUAUAGAAUGUGUAGUGAGCAUUUUACAGAAAACCAGUUCAAAUGUAUAAAUCCACGGACAUUGCUUUGGCGUGGAAGUAUUCCUCAUGUGAAUGAACCUAAAUCAGAUGUUCUUCCUGAAUCAGAGUCUGAGAUGAUCAUCCAUGAAGAAACUGUUCAAACGGAUCAAAACGUACCUCUAUCUAAUAUUGAAAGAUUCUGCGGUUGCUGUGAAAUCAAAUGAUAAUUUUAGAAAAAAGGACACAUGAAUGCAAAUCAUGCAAUCAGAUGAAAUUGUUUUUCGUUUUUCUAGAUGUUACACUGGAAUCAGAAGGUUUCAUAGAAGCAACUAGUAGUUCGGCCACCCCCAAACGUAGUGGUAGUAAGCUGAGCCCCUUAACCAACCAGAGAAUUAAAAGAAUGAAGGCUUAAAUCAAUUCUUUGAAGUGCAAAAUAUUUAGGCGUAAAGUUCCCCACUGUUUUUGCAAAGGAACACCCAUCGGGGCUACCAAUAGAACAAAUAUCUCACGAUACCUUUCCAAAGAUGCUCAUAAUAUUAUUUUUGCUAAAGAGUUGAAAGCAAACUUUGCUAAUAAAUUCAACAGAAGAUAUGAUGAUGACUUGAAAGAAAUGUGCUUGUUAUGGUAUUAUGCUUCACCAAAGGGUUAUAAAGCAUUAUCCAAAUCACUCAACUUACCCACUGUUAGGACUUUGAGAAAUUGGUAGGCGAAGCUUAAAAUUUCUCCUGGUAUAAGUCCAGCCAUAGAGGAAUCGCUCAAAAUUCAUUUUAAGAAUUGUACAGACCAAAAAAGAAAAAUAUGCAUAUUAAUUUUUGACGAAAUUUCUCUAAGUGAAGAGAUUCAUUAUAAUAGGGCGACAGAUAGAGUAAUUGGAGUUGUUGAUACUGGCAACAUAAGGAGAAAUGAGAAGGCUACGUCUGCACUUGUCUGUAUGGUAAGGGGCAUCGUUUAUAAUUGGAAAUUCACUUUGGGGUACUGGUUUUUGGGCCGUACGGCC